UCGACAUUCGAAACCAGUUUCAAAGUCAAAUUUGUUGUUAUCUCGCUGAGGUGCAUCGAAAGUUUGAAAAAAUACCUUUAAAACUUCAGUUUCUGUUUUUACUGUAUGUCUGCCUUUACUACAUUAAGAAAUCGAAUCCCAACAAUGUUUGCUAAUUCUGGAACCAAUUUGGCCUCACUCAGCCGGUCCCAAAUCUCGGACUGGUUGAACUCGUUCGAUACCGUGCUGACGGAUUGUGAUGGUGUCAUAUGGGUGGACAAUGAAACGCUGCCCCAUGCCACCGAUGUGAUAAAUCAGUUUAUCAAAAAUGGGAAAAAGUUGUUCUUUGUGACCAAUAAUUCGACGAAGACGAGACCCGAAUUCGUUACCAAGGCUGUCAAGAUGGGAUUCAAUGUUGGAGAGGAUAACAUCAUUUCCACCGCCUAUCUGGCGGCUCAGUAUCUGAAGGCGCAAAAUUUCACCAAGAAAGUGUACGUCAUUGGUUCCACUGGCAUCACCCGGGAACUGGACGCCGUAGGAAUUCGGCAUACCGGAAUCGGGGCUGACAUACUACAAGGAACCCUCGCCGAUACGGUAGCCACUUUUUCUCCGGAUCCGGAGGUAGGUGCAGUUAUAGUUGGUUUCGAUGAACAUUUCAGUUUUGUAAAGAUGAUGAAAGCUGCCUCGUACUUGAACGAUCCCAAUGUCAUCUACAUUGGGACCAAUACGGACGAACGGUUUCCCAUGCCGGAUCGGGUGAUUCCUGGAACUGGAAGUAUAGUCAAUGCUGUAACAACCUGUGCGGAACGGUUGCCAACGGUUAUGGGGAAACCUAAUAAGUACAUUUGUGAUAUUUUGGAGCAGGAGUACAAGGUCGAUCCGGCUCGGACCUUGAUGAUUGGAGAUCGGUGCAAUACUGAUAUUUUGCUGGGGAAGAAUUGUGGCUUUCAAACGUUGAUGGUGGAAACGGGAAUCCACAAUGCCGGAGAUAUUGCAAAGUUUGCCAAAUCGGAUGACGCGGAAACUAGAAAACUUGUGCCAGAUGUUUAUACGAGUAAACUCGGGGAUCUGUUAGAGCAUUUAAAUUAAAAUAUAAUAUUUUAUCUGAUUUUG